CAAUGAUCGCUUCUGUUUCAUAAUAAUCAUAAUCGAUUUAGCGUAACUCGUCGUAGUGCUGUUCAUUGUAGAAUAUUGACAUUAGAGGUCUUGGCUAGACCACACUGAUCUCAGUGUUGAAAUUACUGAGUGCCGCUGAGGUUUUCCAUGGAGAAACUGCUGAGCACUGAGCCAGGCAGCCGAAGAGAGCAGAGUAGUCUAGUGCUAGUAGUAUUUUGUUCGUGUUGUUGUACCAGUUCUGGUCUUCGUGGUGCAUGGCAUAGACUUUGUCACUUGGCAAAACGGUCGUACAAGUCCUUGGAAUGUAACUAGUGAUCGAACGCAGGCAGAACGCAGACUAAUAUUUUGAAGACAGUGCAGCUCAAGCAGAUUCGCCGGCGGCCGGCGGCCAGAUAUCGCGCUGUUCAGCCUGAUCUGAGUGAAUUGAAACGCCACUCCAACGGAACUGUCGCUGACGCACGCUAGUGCACUCACGCGCCUCCAACCCACGUGUUCGGACUCCGAAUCCCAAAAGUUUUUAUUUGUUUGGUACCAUAGUAUUAUUGAAUUAUAUUGUCGCAGUGGUAGCAAUCAGAUCAGUCGCUAUCCGGGAGAUGGCUGAAGCUGGCGGUCCCACAUGGCCACCGGACUACGCAGCGCAACACAAACGCGAUGCAUUCGCCGGUUUCAGUCGCCACCAGGCAGAUGCGGUGCUGAAAGCAGCCAGCAGGAAUCCACCGCGCAGCGAGGUGACGUGGGUGCACAAGACACACUGCAAGAACGACGAGAGGUCCGUGUACCCAGCGCGCACAGUGAAGCCAAUGGCUGAGAAGUACCCACCGCCUGAACCAGUUCCCAAGUACUGGGUGCAGGUGCCCGACGCACAGCUGGGAACCUUCUCCAGAGAAUCUGAGGAAACCAUGCACUACCGAUCAUGCCAAGGCACUCGCUGUGAGGAGUGGUCAUCCGUGCGGGAAAUGCUGCCGUCGCAGGGAUUUCCCCUGCCGCAUUUGCAGAAGAAGUGGGGCACGUCUGGCACAGAGCCGCCGCCGAACACAUCGAAACGCACCAAACGUUUCACGCACUUCAACAGCACAAACACUGGGUACAUGGAUGAUGUGUAUGUGAACAACAAGCAUGCCAGAACUCCCUGGUCACCGUGAAAGCAUCGCGACUCGGUGGAUAGACUGGCUGGAAUGCUGAGUUGCAGCGCCAGCCCUGACUCUACGGCCGUUCAGCUUGGAGUUUCUGUAAUGGCUGCUUGCUGCCACCCAGCCUGGGGCUUGUGCAGUAAGGGUUGUGUGUGUACUGUCGACCCGAUCAUCAACAAACUACUUUGAAGUAUCCGUGUGAUAGCUGAUGUCAGCGAGAUUUAAUUCAGUUUUGUAUGCCAUAAUUGUAGUUUGUGGACCAGUAUUAUCAGAGUUUGGUCUAAAAUUGUGGUAGCGGAUUAUAAAUGUAUUUUUUGAUGUCGCAAACAUCCGUUUCUUGAACAGAAAUGGAAGUUUUUAAAAGACAUUUCUGUCUUUUCUAUUAUUGAGAGCAUGUCGCACCGUUAUGAGUUGAA